AUGCAAGGUGAUAUCAGAAGGAAAAAAGAUCUUUUACCUCGUUAUAAAACGGGAAGCAAAUAUAAUUCUAGAAGAAAGGGCAGUUAUCUGACUACUCCUAUGAAAAAGAUUAUAGUAUACAUUUUACUGUUAUGCGGCGCCUAUUUCGUUAUAAAUAUUGCCUAUUCUGAUCUGAAUAAGGAAACCAAGAUCGAGUUAGAAAAUCAUUCUUCUGAUAUUUCUGCGAGUGGAAACGAUCAUACUAAUGUUGUAGCCGGCGGUGCAGCUGACGCUACCAACAAUAAACAACCGCAGCAAGCUAAAGUACCUAAAGAAAAGUUCAAUAAUGAAGUCGCAAAGCAACAAGAAGUAAAGAAUUUGGAGAACGAUUUGAAACCGCAAAUUGAUUCAGAAAAGCAGAAGCAGAUAAACAAGGACAAAAAAGAACACAAGCAGCAACUCCAGAAAGAGAAACAAGAUCUUGCCAAGGAAAAAUUGGCUAACAAUGAAAUCCUUGAUAAUUAA